AGUAAGUAGCAAGCUAGUGUAGCAAAGUCGUCAACCAGAAAUUUGGACUGGAAGAGAUGGAGGCUGUGUACCACAGCCAUCACUGAAAGCUGUUUUUCAAUUUAAACAGUACUUGGAAUCGUAAAACCACUGACAUUCCCUUCGUGACACAGGGGUCAAAGGUCAGGCUGAGUCACCAUGGAGUCCAUGCUGAACAAGCUCAAGAGCACUGUCACUAAGGUGACGGCCGACAUGACCAGCGCCGUCAUGGGAAACCCGGUGACGCGUGAAUUUGAAGUGGGCCGCCACAUCGCCAGCGGCGGGCCCGGCAUGUGCUGGAGGAUCUACAACGGAACCAAGAAGUCAACCAAACAGGAGGUGGCUGUGUUUGUGUUUGAUAAGAAGAUGGUGGAUAAGUAUCAGAAGUUUGACAAGGACCAGAUCAUUGAGUCUCUGAAGAGAGGUGUGCAGCAGCUCACCAGACUGCGUCACCCUCGUCUGCUCACUGUCCAGCAUCCACUGGAAGAGUCGAGGGACUGCCUGGCGUUCUGUACAGAGCCAGUGUUUGCCAGUCUGUCCAAUGUGCUGGGUCAGUGGGACAACCUGCCCAGCCCCGUGCCCACAGACAUCAAGGACUACAAGCUGUACGACGUGGAGACCAAGUAUGGCCUGUUGCAGAUCUCGGAGGGCUUGUCAUUCCUACACAGCGGGGUGAAGAUGGUCCAUGGGAACCUGUGUCUGGAGAACGUCAUCCUCAACAAGAGCGGAGCCUGGAAGAUCAUGGGCUUUGACUUCAGCAUCUCCUCCACCAACCCCUCAGAUGCCGAGCUCAAGUAUUCCUGUAAGGAGUGGGAGCCCAACCUGCCGCCGCUCUGCCUGCCCAACCCAGAGUAUCUGGCCCCCGAGUACAUCCUGUCGGUGAGCUGCGACGCCGCCUCAGACAUGUACUCGCUGGGCGUGGUGAUGCACGCCGUCUUCAACGAGGGCAAGCCCGUGUUCCAGGUCAACAAGCACGACAUCUUCAAGAGCUUCAGCCGACAGCUGGACCAGCUCAGCAGACUGAGCCCCACCAUGUUGAAUAAGAUUCCUGAGGAGGUGAGGGAGCACGUCAAGAUGCUGCUGAGUGUCACGCCCAACGUCCGGCCUGAUGCUGACCAGAUGACCAAGAUCCCCUUCUUUGAUGACGUUGGGGCGGUGACGCUGGCCUACUUUGACUCCCUCUUCCAGAGGGACAACCUGCAGAAGUCCCAGUUCUACAAAAACCUGCCCAAGGUCUUGCCCAAGCUACCCAAGAGAGUGGUGGUGUAUCGUAUCCUCCCAGCCCUCACCUCAGAGUUUGUGAACCCAGACAUGGUGCCGUUCGUCCUGCCCAACGUGCUACUGAUCGCAGAGGAGUGUACCAAGGACGAGUACGUCAGACUCAUCCUGCCGGACCUCAGCCCUGUGUUCAAGCAGCAGGAGCCUGUCCAGAUCCUGCUGAUCUUCCUGCAAAAGAUGGACCUGCUGCUGACCAAGACUCCACCGGAGGACAUUAAGAACAGCGUUCUGCCCAUGGUCUACAGAGCCCUGGAGGCCCCCUCCAUCCAGAUACAGGAGCUGUGUUUGAACAUAAUCCCUACCUUCGCCAACCUGAUCGAGUAUCCCUCCAUGAAGAACGCACUCAUCCCCCGCAUCAAGUCUGCCUGUCUACAGACCUCCUCACUUGCAGUGAGGGUGAACUCCCUGGUGUGCCUGGGGAAGAUUCUGGAGUACCUGGACAAAUGGUACGUCAUUGACGAGAUCCUUCCCUUCCUGCAACAGAUCCCCUCCAGAGAACCAGCCGUACUCAUGGGGGUUCUAGGGAUCUACAAGUGUACCUUCUCCCAUAAGAAACUGGGCAUCCCCAAAGAGCACCUAGCUGCCAAGAGUCUGCCUCACCUAGUCUCGCUCAGUAUAGACAACAACCUCAACCUCAACCAGGUAGGUAGAUACACACACACACACACACACACACACACGAGUCUGCCUCACCUAGUCUCGCAAAGUAUAGACCUCAACCUCAACCAGGUAGGUAGAUAUACACACACACACACACACACACACACACACACACACACACACACACACAAGAGUCUGCCUCACCUAGUCUCGCUCAGUAUAGACAACAACCUCAACCUCAACCAGUUUAACUCCUUCAUGGCUGUGAUCAAAGACAUGCUGACUCGUAUGGAGGCAGAACACAAGACCAAACUGGAGCAGCUACACAGCAUGCAGGAACAACAGAGGAGUAUGAAUAUUAAUACCAGUCAGACCAACCAAUCGGAAGAGACGACGCGCACCCCCAGCCCUGGCAACCAGAUUGAUGAUGUCUUUGGAGGGAGUUCUGGGAGUGCAGGGGUUAAUGGGAAAGCGAACGGAAACUCGGCAUCAGCUCCCCAACUCAACAGAAUGUCUUUGACUCUGGAGGAGAAGCAGCGUUUAGCCAAGGAGCAGGAACAGGCAGCCAAACUAAGAAACCAGCCAGCACUAGCCCCCCAGAGUAUCAAACCAGCUACUCCUUCUACCCAGGCCAAGGACCUGAGCAGCUGCCUGCUGAACAAUAUGACAUCCCUGGGCAGCCUGUCCCUCACCUCUCCCCCCAGACCAGGCCUCAUCCAGGGCAGCACCAUCUCAGCCUACCCCUCCACCACCCCCAUGGGCUCUCUGGUCAGCAACGGCUACAACCCAACCAUGGGCUUCCAGACAGGGGGUCUGGGCAUGCGGCCCCCCGGCCCCGGCCUCUACGGAGGGAUGGCCACCACCACCAGCACCCCUAACUUUGGUGCCUUGACCCACAACCAAGGGAGUACCAACACCCCUGACAUGUCUGCCUUGGACUCCUUAUUCACAUCCAACAAGCCCAAAGUCAGCCUCAACCAAAUGGCUCCUCCCAAGCCCACCCCUGAGACCACCGCCACCCCCUGGCUUAAUCAGUUUGGUUCAGCCCAGCCCAGUCAGACUGCACCGAUGCAGGGCGCGCCAUUAGCCAUGGGAGGGGUGACCAGCGGGUUCGGAAUGCAGGCCAACCCUUUCUUCAGCCCGCAGAACUUCUCUCAGCCCACGGCCGCUCCCGGAAUGAACGCGGGUGGUGGGCUCAGGCACAGUUCGUCCGUCAACAACGACCUGAAAGACCUAUUUGGCUGAAAACAACUUUCCCCUCUUUAAUGACGAUAGACUGAUGAAAGGGGAGUUGGACUUUUGAACUGCAAACAAGAAGAAUGAAAAAUCCACUUUUUGGACCGACUGUGAAAAUGAUGAUGAAUCCACUUGAUAUUUGUUGCUAUUUGUAUUUUAAUCUUCUGUGGUUUGGGUUGCAGUGUGGUUCUUCUAUGCUCCCAUCGGACUGAACACUGAAGACUCAGCUUUUCAAUCUGUACGCGGAUUCCAAAUCUUCUUGACUAGAGAGAGAAAAACACACUUACGUUGGGUUCUGCUCUCAGUAAUGUUUGUGGAGGUUUCAUAUCGUUUCUUUCCUGAGACACUUUGGGGUGAAAGGUUUAAUCUAGAAUGCAUAUCUUCUCCAUAAUCUCUGUUCUAUGUGCUAGGAUGAGCAGUGGCAUGGAGACCAGUCUUUCUCAGUCCAUUCCUUUUUAGCCCAGCUCUAACACAUGUUAUUCAUGCUGCCCACCUCAGCAGCCUGCUUUAUCAUAUCAGCGUGGUUCUUUUUAGUGGGGUCCUGUUGCUUUGAGGACGACAAUCCAGAAGAGCUGUAGAAUCGCCGGCUAAACCGCACGGGCGGAAAGGCCAAGUCUCCAUGGAAACGAUCUCCGCAGUAACACCCCAGUCCAUUUGGGGAUUUUUAGUACCUAUGCUUUCUGUUCUCUGCCUAGAAUGAGAUGAUGAAUAAGGAUUCAACAGUGAUGUGUCAAGAUUCUUACAGUAUAAAUUAAUCCAAAUGAAACGGGAUGGAAGUGAAAAUCUAAUCGAAGUUUAUUGGUUGCGUACACAGUUUAGCAGAUGUGGUGAAAUGUUACUAGCACUUCUGCAAUUUCUACAUCUGACCUAAAGAAAUAUUUUCUGAGACGAAAUCCUUAUCAACCAACAGUUUGAAAAGGGAGGGGUUGAUUGUUUUUAGGCAAUUAGUCUGGUUAGGGAUUGUUAUCCACACAGAAUCCUGUGUGUGCUGUGAGGGCGACGUUACAUACGGCUACCUUCUUAAUUGAAGUAACUCACCUGCAUAUGUACUGAAUGGUUUGCUGUAAGUGAGUGAUUGGUCGAUUAUAUACUGGGAAUUGUGAAUGAAUGUGAAGUAGGAUACACAAAUGUGUGCAUAUUGAAAUGUCAGCACAAUCAUAAUUCAUUUAGUUAGUUUGCCCGGUAUGUUCCUGUUUUGUAAUACCCCCUCUGACUUCAUCAAUGUGUUCCCUUCAUCAUGUUACUGACCUGACCAAGAUGGGACACCACAAACGAUUGUGAUCCUGUUGAAAUGUGGUGAAUUUAGUAAUUGUUUUAUUCCAUGCAUCAAACCAGGCUGCUUUCAACAAAGCAAGCAGUCCGUGCAUUUUAAGUUAAUCGUUGGACAUAUCAAAUGCAGUUUUUAUUUAAAAAAACUCAUAUAUAUAUAUAUAUAUAUAUAUGAGUUGAGCACUUUUUCAUUAAAGGGGACCUGUCCUAAAUUGUUGAUAAAUAAAUCUAUUUAAAAUGGGAGAGCUCUUAAAGGGGCCCUUGGAUUGUUGUGCUCUUGUGAUGAUGAAUGAGAGGUCUUAGAGGAGUGCUGUGUGCAGUAAUAAUCCUUGGCAGUGGAACUAAGUCUGGGGCUGCAUCUCAAUAGUCAAAAGUAGUCUCCUUUCCUCGUCCCCUUUGCGUAUCUUCUUCCCUUCAUCUGAUCUGAACUCCCAGGAUAGGUGAAAGCCCUAUGGGCCAAAUGGAACAGGAGUGUCAUCUCACCUAUCCACCUGUUGCAGACUAGUGCAGGUGAAGGACGGAGAUGAGAAAAGGACGCCAUUGUAGACUUUUGAGACCAACCCCGUUGUGUGAAUCCUCACUGAAUGCUGUUUGCAGACUGGGGGACGUAGGUUUUGUUAACUGAACACAUGCUAACUUAUAUUCACAGGUCUUUGUUGGAUUUAAAAAAAUAAAUGUAUGCCUACUGUAAACCGUGACUAGGUGAGCUGUCACUGAGUUGGCACAAUGAUAAUGUCAUGGGCUAGUGCAGGGGUGUCAAACUCAUUCCACGGAGGGCCUAGUGUCUGCAGGUUUUUGGUUUUUCCUUUCAAUAAAGCCCUAGACAACCAGGUGUGGGGAGUUCCUAACUAAUUAGUGAUGUUAAUUCAUCAAUCAAGUACAAGGGAGGAGCGAAAACCCGCAGACACUCGGCCCUCCGUGAAAUGAGUUUGACACCUGUGGGCUAGUGUAUAACAAAAAGGUGGUCCUUCUGGGUUGUAAACCUCUUUCUAUUGGACACAAGUGAUGGAGGUCUGUCCUGAUUGGGCAAAGACCUCUCUGAUGUCCAUCUUUCACGAAAGGUAGCUGCAAUGUUCAUGUGAUUGUAACUAUGACGACGGAAGCCUUUUUGAGGUCGAGAACUGGAUUGCGUUUCCUGUCGUUGUGACUCGUGCGUUUGGACGCGAGGACAAAAGCCUAUUCUUCUACAAGAGUUCUGAUCCUUUGUAUACUACUGCUGUCAUAUGUGUAGUGUGGCCUCUAUGAACUAUGUAUUGUGUGGUGUUGUCUGAGGUGGUUCAAUGAAAAUCUGUACAUAUAUAUAUGAAAAUACACAAUCUAAUAUUA